AUGUCACAACUAUUCACAUCAUCGACAUUACCGCUAAGUUUUGAGCCACACGAUGGACACAACACAUAUCCUUACAAUAGACUGCCGCCGAAGGGCAAUGAUUCAUUUGAAGAGGUACAGGGCGCACCACUCUGGCAAUACAUGCUUGCGGGUGGACUAGGAGGAGUGGUCGGUGACAGCGCCAUGCAUUCGUUGGAUACGGUCAAAACUCGUCAACAAGGGUUCCCCUACAAUAAAAAGUACAAGAACAUGAUACCUGCGUACAGAACGAUACUAAAAGAGGAAGGCUUUUUUCGGGGUCUAUAUGGAGGCUAUACUCCUGCGGUAUUGGGCUCUUUCCCUUCAACAGCUGCAUUUUUUGGUACAUAUGAAUAUUCAAAACGCAAAAUGAUUGACGACUUUGGCAUCAAUGAGACGCUAUCUUAUUUUAUUGCGGGAGUUUUUGGUGACUUGGCAUCGAGUGUAUUUUAUGUACCGUCAGAGGUGUUGAAGACAAGAUUACAAUUGCAAGGUAGAUACAAUAAUCCGUACACACGCGAGUGUGGAUACAAUUACCGCGGGCUAUGGAAUGCCGUGGCUAGCAUAUAUCGUAAGGAGGGAUUACGAACAUUCUUUUUUGGAUACAAAGAGACACUAUUUAGAGACUUGCCCUUCAGUGCAUUGCAAUUGACAUUUUAUGAACGGUUUCGUCAAUUAGCCAUAUAUUACAACCACGGGUCUUCAGAUUUGCCUGUUCCAGUGGAAUUAUUUACUGGUGCUGCUGCAGGUGGUCUAGCAGGGGUGCUCACGACACCUCUAGAUGUGAUCAAAACUCGUAUUCAAACAGCCACCAAUCUUUCCGAUUUGAAUGAUUCCAUAUCAGUGAAGAAUUCCAGUAACCCAAUAGUGAGGCUUUUCAAUAGGAACGCAACAUUGAGGGCUUUGGUGUCAAUUUAUAGGCAUGAGGGAAUUUUUGGUGCAUUCAGUGGAGUUGGUCCUAGAUUCAUUUGGACGGGUAUUCAAAGCUCAAUCAUGUUGUUGUUGUAUCAGGUGUCAUUGAAACAAUUGGACACGAUAUUUGGUGACGGUAAAAAGAGUCUUGAAGCUUGA